AUGGUACGUAAUUAUAAACCAAAGCGACAAAAAAAUUAUAAUGCAGAAAUUUUUCAGGCUGCUUUGCAAACCAUUAUAGAUGGAGAAACUAUAUCAACUGCAGCAAAACAAUUUAAUAUUCCACGUACAACGUUGAUUGAUAAAUUACGGGGAAAACAUCAAACACAUUCUAUAGGUGGUAAAACAAUUUUCUUUAAAAAUCAAGAAGAAACUCUUGUUCAAAGGCUGCUUUAUAUGGCUGAUAGAGGGCAUACUCAGUUGACACUAAGAAUUCCUGAAGGGCUUUCUCGAGCAAGAGCAGAAGCAUUUAAUGAGAAUCGCGUUCAGACAUUUUUUAACGAUUUACAACCUUUUUAUGAACAGCUUGACAUAAAAAAUUAUCCAAAUUUGAUUUAUAACUGUGAUGAAACUGGCCUUUCAUCUGUGCCAAAUGUCUCUGUUAAGGUAAUAGCAUUAAAGGGUUCUCAUGAGGUACAAAAGUUAACUAUUGGUGAACGUGGCACACUAACAACAUACCUGGCCACUGUUAAUGCAGCAGGAAACAGCUUACCAUCAUUUUUCAUAUUUAAGGGAACAAAGAUUCCAGAUGCAUCUAAAUUUCCUUUGGGUACAAAAGUGCAUUGUAGUCAAAGUGGAUAUAUUGAUCAAGAGAUUUUUAUUGCUUAUUUACAUCAUUUUAAUGAGUUUUGUACAAAAGUGAAUGGGAAAAAAGUAUUGUUAUUUUUGGAUGGCCACAAAAGUCAUGUGACUAUUGAAGCGAUUGAAUUAGCAAUAAAGAUGGAUAUUGAAAUAAUAUGCAUUCCACCUCAUAGUACACAUCGCCUUCAACCACUUGACACACAUGUUAAUAAAGUAGUUAAACAUAUGUGGUCUGAAGCCUUGUCUAAUUACUUAGCUGAAAAUGAUGAUAUUUCUUUGCCUCGUUGCAACUUUCACAUUAUUUUUAACAAAAUAUGGCCAAAUAUACUUACAAAAAGAGGAUUGAUUGUUAAUGCGUUUUACCAUUGUGGUUUGCAUCCCCUAAGAAACCCACUAAAAGAUUUCGAAUAUAAAAAAGCAGAGGUUUUUAAUAAAGCAACAAUUCACCAGGGAGACUAA